GCUCAUAGGAGUAAGGUUAUAAUAUUGUAUCUCAUUUAUAUGUAGUUUUAGACAGAAAUUAGUUUUUCUUUAUGACUUUAAGAUAUAAUUACUUGUUACUUACAAUAAUUUAUCCCAAAUGUAUGCCAGGACUAGGAGUAUGCAAUUAGCGAUAACUUAUGGAAGAGUUUUAACACGAGCUUUAUUAAAUCGUAUAAACGGCGUGUAUAGCUACUCUAGUAAUUCAACAGAUGUAGCAUGCGUUGCACGCUGUAGUUCUAAACGGGAUCUUCGCUUGUUAACUGCGUCAUGUGGGUUUCCGAAAGAUUGGUCCACUUUUUCAGCCUCGCUUUUACGGAAAGGACGGUUUGGAGAUGAUGCUUGUUUUAUUGCAAAAUACAAAACAUCUGAUGUUUUAGGUGUUGCUGAUGGUGUUGGAGGAUGGAGAACCUAUGGAAUUGACCCAUCACUGUUUUCAUAUUCUUUGAUGGAAGCUUGUGAAAGACUGGUCAGCACAGGACAUUUUAAUCCCCAAUGCCCUGCAGGAAUUAUUGCAGCCAGCUAUUAUGAACUUCUGGAAAGUAAACAGCAAAUUAUUGGUAGUAGCACAGCUUGUGUUAUAAUACUUAACAGAACAGACCACACUGUAUACACUGCCAACAUAGGAGACAGUGGAUUUUUAGUUGUACGACAAGGCCGAAUUAUUCAUCGAUCAGAAGAACAGACCCAUUAUUUUAACACUCCUUAUCAGUUAUCUCUUCCUCCUCCAAGUGUGACAGGGCAAGUUUUAAGUGAUAGCCCUGAAUCAGCAGUUACAUCAUCAUUUCAAGUCCAGGAAGGUGACCUGAUUCUUGUAGCCACAGAUGGACUUUUUGAUAACUUGCCAGAAAACAUGAUACUACAAGAACUUUCUAAGCUUAGAGAUCAAUGUGUGGAGAAUGUUCAACAGGUAGUCAAUUCUUUGGCUUUACAAGCAAGAAGACUAGCCUUUGAUGCUACCUACCUCUCCCCCUUUGCUCUCCGUGCACGAGAAAAUGGAAUUGAUGCUGUGGGUGGUAAACCUGAUGACAUCACCAUACUGCUGGCAUUUGUAGGUGGAGGAGACAACUUGGAUCUGCAGACUGUUGUAGCUCGGAAUACAGGUUGCAUGGACUAUGGCUAAUAUCUAUGUUCAACUAUUUCAGGGAUGUGCUAACUUGCUGUAUUCAGUUAGCAUGUAUUGUAUAUAGAUUAUGGACUGUGCAAUUCACAACUUUGUAGUCAGAAUUCAUAUUUGUGACUAGUAGCUUAAUAAUGGCUGACAGCUUGAGACACUUUGAUAUCUUGUUAUUUGGUAACCUGUGGUCAUCAAAAACAGAUAUUUAUUUAAAUAUUUGAACCUUUUUUCUUUCCAGUCUUUAUAAUAUAGUGGCUAACAGCUGGCACUGCCUUAUCAGCAUUUGAAUAACAAGUUGUGGUUAUAUUCAAGAUUUAUCUUUUGUUUCAAGUGAUACCCUUGAAUUUGUUAAAAUGCUCCUUUCUGUCUCCAGUCAUUUUGGCAUUUCAGUUUUCUCAGACUUUUAAAGAAUAAGGAAGUUUAAUGUUUUAAGGCAGUAUUUAUAUAUGUAAUAAUUGUUUUGAAG